AUGGGGAUUUAUCUUCUGGUUCGGGCCCCAACUCUGGUAUGGAUAGUGCCCAAGAAACGCCCUGUUCUCAAUCUGCCAAUCGACAUCGUUGCCGUUCGAUUCGAAGAUGAAGAAGUAAAGUGUCCACCCAUUCGACCAGGCCGAAAGGAAGCGGAGAACUCGACCUGCAAGAAUUGUGGCACAAAGUGUGGCGAAAUGGGACCCAGCUUCCACACUCGGCUCGUAAGCGAAAGAUGCAAGCCUGCAAGCCCGCGCGAGCGUCCACAAGCGGGGAUGGUGUUCGGGAGGAUGACGGAGGAUCAAUCGCGCUAUACUGAUGUCACAGAUUUCGGGCUUUUGACAAACCUGACCAAACCUAAGGAAAUAGACGGGAUCUGGGCAGGCCCUAUCAAGCUCUUCAUUCUAGUACCUUAG